CCACGCACCAUCAGCUUCAGCGGCUGGUCGUCUCUUGCUUCAAUCGGUUUAGUCGUACUUAGAAAGUACACAAGGCAGAAUGAGCAAGCUGAACGACUCGCCGAAGCGAUCUCCGACCAGCGGCGACAUGCUCAACCGCGUGGCCAAGACGACGUUCGCCCGCGUUAACGCGCUAUUCAGCAAGACGCAGACGCCCUGCUACCUCCCGCCAAGCAUCGCGGGCAAUGUGCCUCACCUGACUCCAGGUGGGACAGGCAGGGGAACAACGGAUUGGGUUGUUAUACUAAUGUGCGGAACUUUGGGUGGAAAGAUAACUGCAGCAAAGUGGAGGACUUGACGGCUCAGGUGGUGGACUUCGCCGAUAUUUUGGGCUUAGUGAAGCUGGCGACAGACAAGAAGAAACCUUUUCGGGAGCUUCUGAACGUGACGGACUAUGAGCUCGUGCUUUCGGCUAGAGACUACAUCAGUGAAUCGAACCCGCCGAGCUCCAAGGGUACAGGCUUCAUGGUCGAAACGAGCAGUGGGCGACGUAUCGUUUCCAUCGAGGAGUUCAUGACUGCUACGAAGUUGCUGCAGCCAGAGCUCGUGGUGCCGCUCGCUGACGAGAUUCCAAGCGACAAGGGUCGAAACCGGCACCGUGCUGCUGUCCAGACGUCGCUAGACUGGCUGGACGCCUGUCAGUCACUAAAUACUUCGCUGACGCCCAUAUGCGGAGUGGUUGUAGGAGGAAAUGACCACACGUUGCGACGGAUGAGUGCCGGCGAGACGUGCAAGCGCGACAUCCAGGCGAUUCUGCUCAGUGGCCUGGGUUCUUGCACCGAUAGAGCGAAGCGCUUGGAGCUGAUAGACGCCAUCGUGAGUGAGAUCACUCCAGCGUCGCUUCCACGUGUCGUCACUGGGAUCGGGCAUCCUCUCGACGUACUGGACACCGUCAACCGUGGCAUCGACGUCUUCGUGUCGCCCUACCCGGCUUCAAUCACCAAGGCAGGGUCUGCACUGAUCUUUUGGAUCAGUGAUGAUGAAGACGGUGGCAGUGCCAGUGAACGCAAUGCAGAACGGGAGUGUUCGGGUGGAGUGCUGCACUUGCGUGAGAAGCGGUUUGCGACCGACUUCGGCCCACUGAUGGCGGGUUGCGACUGCUUUGCCUGUCAAAAGUAUACACGCGCGUACAUUCAUCACCUGCUGAACGUCCGGGAGAUGCUGGGCGACAUUUUGUUGUAUUUACACAAUCUGCAGCACUAUUAUCGCUUCUUCCGGGAGAUCCGAACAGCCAUCAACACUGAUCGCUUUCCCACCUACCAUGCCGAAUUCGCAACGAGGUUUGAGGAAAGAGCUUCAACUGCGGCGCCGCUCAUUAUCCCUCCGGCGAUAGAAGAACGGAAGCGUAAGGUGGACACCGAGAAAGCAGCGACGAAGGAGACCAAGGCGAAAGCUGCUGCCGCCAAGCAUGAAGCAGCGAUUCUGAAGCGUCCGCGGCCCUAGAUGAUGCAUAGAAGACCGAUAGAUUGCUUCAUAUACGAUUCAAUGUUAGCACGGCUGCUUCUGAUCUUCAGAAGAUCUUUUGAAAAGUCACUGGGGUCCAAGGAGUCGCGAUCUUGCCUUGCUUGUCAAUGACCCC